AUGAGGGAUUUCAAGGAAUGCAUUAACAGUUUGGAAAUGUUUGAUAUUAAUAGUUCGGGCCUGCACUAUACUUGGAAUCAAAAACCGAAAAAGGGAGUUGGCAUUCUUAAAAAGCUUGAUCGUGUUAUGGGAAUAACUCAAUUUACUGAUUGUUUCCCAUCUACAUGUGCUGUUUUUCAACCUUAUCGAGUUUCUGAUCAUUCUCCUUGUAUUUUAAAGUUACCUAAUAUUGAUCAAGGAAGGAAACCCCCGUUUAAAUUUGCAAAUUUUUUGACUACUAAGGCUGAAUUUCAGGGGAUUGUUGAAAAAGCUUGGGAUACUGAUAUUGAUGGGUUUAAUCAGUUUAGAAAAUCUAUUGAUCUGGAGCCGGCUAGUGCAAGUUUGCGUGAUAUGGAAAGUGUCUGCCUUAAAAGAUUCCAAGAAGCUGUCUUAGAUGAAGAAUCCUUUCUUAAGCAAAAAUCUAAGGUAGAUUGGUUGGCGACAGGUGGCAACGUCUCUAAGGCUUUAGUUCAACACUAUGAGACAUUCUUAGGUAAAGAAAGAGAUGUAUCAUUACAACCUGCACUUGAUUUAUUUAUUAAUGUGUUAGAUAGACAAACAGCUCUCAAUAUGAUACGUGAUGUGUCUGAUGAAGAAAUCAAGGAAGCAAUGUUUUCUAUAAGUGAUAUCAAAGCCCCAGGGCCUGAUGGAUUUACCUCUGCUUUCUUCAAGAAAUCAUGGUCUAUUGUAGGGAAGGAGGUUGCUUUGGCAAUCCAUGACUUCUUCAAGAAAGGGAAGCUGCUCAAGGAGCUUAACCAUGUUAUUCUUGCUCUCAUUCCCAAAGUUACAACUCCUUCUUGUAUUACUGAUUUUCGAACAAUAUCAUGUUGUAAUGUGUUGCUUAAAUGCAUUACCAAGAUUAUUGCCAAUGGAAUUAAGGAGAGUUUGGAGGAGGUAGUUAGUGUUAAUCAGUCUGCUUUUGUUCUGGGUAGGAAGAUCUCUGAUAAUAUUCUUCUCACCUAA